AUGAAUAUAUCGCAUCCCUUUGGAACCGAAAUUCACUCAGUCUCUUUCUCAUGCUAUAGUCCUGAAGAAAUACGGAAAUUAUCCGUAAAACAAAUAACACAUUCAGAGCUUUUCGAUAAUUUAAAUCAACCAACCAAGGAUGGGUUAUACGACUUGGCCUUGGGACCUUUUGAUCGCGGUUAUGUUUGUCACACGUGUCUACUCGAUUACUUUUCGUGUCCGGGGCAUUUUGGACAUAUUGAACUUCCGUGCCCUGUGUAUAACGCACUGUUCUUUCCGCACAUGUAUACUUUGUUGAAGUCAAUUUGUUUGGAUUGUCAUCGAUUUUUAGCAAAUAAAGUGAAGUGCUAUGGAUUCGCUGCAAAAUUGUUAUUGUUGGAAAAAGGGCUUUUACUUGAAUCCCAGGAAAUCGAUUACCUAACUCUAAAAUUUGAAGAUCUGGAUAAAAAUAAAAACGAAGAAGAAAAAGCUACCCAUAUAGAACUUAUUAAUAAUUAUUUAAAGAGAACAUUUGCACAACCUAACACUGGACCUAAUUCAACUGCUGUUAAUGCCGAGAAAAGGAGAAUAGUAAAAGACUUCUUCAAAAUCUCUGUAACGCUCGCAAGAUGUCAAAAUUGUCGCAGUAGAUAUUUGACUCCGAUGGAUAUUCGUAAGCAUCUCGAUAUGUUAUUCCAAAAUGAAUCUACAAUUUGCUCGUUACUAUAUGGUCAACAUGGGCUAUUUUCAUCACGAUUUUAUCCUCGCGAUAGAUCAACAACGAACAGUAAUAGGAAUAACACAUCAGUUAGCGCAGAUAUUUUCUUUCUUGAUUUGAUUGCUGUUCCACCAACUCGUUUUCGUCCUACGAAUGUAGUUGGCGAAAGGUUAUUGGAAAAUGUGCACAAUGGACAUUUCAAAAGAAUACUUAAAGCUUGCGCAAGAUUCUCUUUAAACGCACAAAACGAUAUUACUAAGAAAAAAGAUGAAGCAGAGAUAGAAACAACCACCAAUAAAAAGGAAAAACUUCAAGAUCUUUUGAAUGCGUGGAAUGAUUUGCAACUUGCUGUCAAUGGGUUAAUUGAUAACACGAAAGUCGGUGCAAUGUUUGCUAAAGAGCGACAAAUGUAUCCUGUUGGAAUUAAACAAAUAUUAGAGAAAAAAGAAGGAUUAUUUAGGAAACAUAUGAUGGGCAAACGUGUUAACUACGCCGCACGUUCUGUAAUUUCUCCUGAUCCGAAUGUGGAAACAUUUGAAAUUGGGAUACCAGUAACCUUUGCCAAAAUUCUGACAUAUCCCGAACCAGUUACCCAAUACAACAUAAAUGAAAUGCGUGAAGCUGUAAUAAAUGGCGCUCAUCAAUGGCCUGGUGCAGUUUCAGUUCAACAUGAAGACGGAAUGGUUCAAUUAUUAUCGCGACUAUCUUUAGAAUCGCGUAUUGCACUUGCCAAUCAACUUUUAACUCCACCCACUAAUCCUUCUAAAUCAAUAUUCGUGCUUCCUCCCAAAUCUCCAACCUCCAAUAAAAAAGUAUUACGUCACUUGCGUGAUGGUGACAUAUUACUUUUGAAUCGACAACCGACACUUCAUAAACCUUCAGUUAUGGCACAUCAGGCUAAAGUGUUGCCUGGCGAGAUGACAAUUCGAAUGCAUUACGCGAAUUGUAAAGCGUAUAAUGCUGAUUUUGACGGUGAUGAAAUGAAUAUGCAUUUCCCGCAGAAUGAGAUUGCGCGUGCUGAAGCUGAGAUUAUUGGUAAUACCAAUGAACAAUAUCUUGAACCUACUUCUGGGUCUCCGUUGCGUGGCUUGAUUCAAGAUCAUGUGGUUAUCGGUGUAUGGAUGACAUCGAAAGAUACAUUUUUCACAAAGGAGCAGUAUCAUCAGAUACUUUAUAAUGCUCUAAGACCGGAGGAAAAUCAUGGAACUGUAGCUGUAAAAAUUUUGACAGUUCCCCCUGCUAUACGAAAACCUAAGCGAUUGUGGACAGGAAAACAAAUGAUUUCUACGAUAUUAAAGAAUCUAACACACGGCAUGAUACCACUAAAUCUCACCUCCCGAGCGAAUAUAGCGGCUCGAUAUUGGGGAGACAGUGCACCAGAAGAGGCGACCGUAAUCUUCCUGGACGGUGAACACUUAACCGGUGUCCUAGAUAAAGGACAAUUUGGUGCGACGGCAUUCGGUUUAAUUCAUGCAUGCUAUGAGCUUUAUAAUUCCUCAAUUGCUGGUAAACUACUUAGUAUAUUGGGUCGUCUAUUCACCACUUAUUCACAAUGGCGAGGAUUCUCUUGUCGCAUGGAUGAUUUGAGAUUGACUCCUGAAGGAGAAGAGUCUAGACGCAAUUUAAUGCAAAAUGCUUCAAAACAUGGACGAGAUGCUACGUAUAAUUAUGUUGGAUUGGAUCCUGUCGAUGAUGAAUUCAAAAGUCGUAUAGAAGAAGUGUUCCGUGAUAAUGAAAAGCAGCAAGGUCAACAAGAAUUAGAAGGACGACGUGUACCAGUUAUGGUUAGCGGCAAGACACUGCCUUCUUUUCUUCCAUACGAGACUGCUCCACGUUCCGGUGGUUUCAUAAGUGGAUUGAUUGAUACAGCCGUGAAAACAAGUCGUUCUGGUUACUUGCAGCGAUGCCUAAUUAAACAUUUGGAAGGCUUACGUGUACAUUACGAUCACACAGUCCGUGACAGUGAUGGCUCCGUAAUUCAAUUUCAUUACGGUGAAGAUUCAUUGGAUGUCACCAAACAAAAAUAUCUCAGUCAAUUCAAAUUCAAUGUAGAUAAUUUCGAAGCAUUUUCAGAAAAAUUUCAUAUCGGAGAAUUUGUUAAUGGGAUUGACCAAAAACAAGCCAUAAAAUAUUUAAAAAAAUUUGCAAAGAGACCGGAAAAAUAUGAUCCAGUCUUAUCUGUGUUUACGCCAAGCCGAAAUCUUGGUUGUAUCUCGGAAAAAUUUCAUUAUAAUUUAACCAAGUAUAUUGAAGAAAAUAGAAAGGAUCUAAAAACACACUGGAGAAAGAAGAUAUCUAAGGGCGACUUUGGAACUUUAAUGUAUUUACGAUAUCUUCAUUCACUUGUUGAACCCGGAGAAUCAGUUGGGGUGCUCGCCGCUCAAGGUGUUGGUGAACCAUCCACUCAAAUGACAUUAAACACUUUUCAUUUUGCAGGAUUUGGUGCCAAAAACGUAACACUGGGUAUUCCUCGUCUGCGUGAAAUAAUUAUAGCUGCCUCUGCAGAAAUCCAAACCCCCAUGAUGACACUUCCCUUACUUCCGCAUGUUACCAAUGAAAUGGCCGAUAGAUUUUCUCAAGCUAUUUCUCGAUUGACUUUGGCAGAAGUUGUGGAUAAUGUAGUGAUAACCGAGAAAUUAGGCGUCCAAAGCUCUGAAAAUGAUAUGUACACCCAAAGAAUAUUCAAAAAAGUGUAUACGAUAAAGCUUAAUUUCUUCCCCAAAGAAGAAUAUAUGGAGGAAUAUGAAAUUACACCGACAUUGAUUAAAGAAGUGAUUGAGGACCUAUUCUUUAAGUUUCUUGGAACCCAUAUAAAACAAAUAACUAAAAACAAAAGCAGAAAAUCAUCUGAAGAAUUCGAAGAUUUUGUUGUGCCCAAAUCUCAAAGUAUUAUUAAUAAGCAGACGGAUGUUGAUGAUACAGCUGUAAAUAACGAAGCAGCAUAUGAUUCUGAUGACGGAGACGGCGAUGCAACCAGUGCAAGAAUUAAUUCAAGACGUAAACAAUUAGCGAGUUAUGAAGGACCAGAUGAGGACGAUCUGGAAGUAAUCAGACGAAUCAAUAAAAAUUCUGAUAGUGAAGAAGAUGACGCUAUGUCAAAUGAAGAAAAGACAGAAAAUGCAAGAAUCAUAGAAAAUCCAAGGAUCAUAGAAAAUUCACAAUACGUCUCUCAAUAUUCUUUUGAUCAGAAUGGCGCUUCGUGUGAAAUUGAAUUGAUGUUUCCCGCGAGCACACAGAAAAUCUUAUUAUUGAAUAUAGUGGAAAAAAUAUGUAAAGAUAUACCAUUGAGAGAAGUCAAAGGCAUUCAUAAAUGUUAUCCGAUUGUUAACGAAAAUGAUACUUCGAAGUCACUUGCAACGGAAGGAAUCAAUCUUCAAGGUGUUUGGAAAUUCUCUAGAAUAAUCGACAUUAAUAAAAUAUACACAAAUGAUAUCGCCGCAAUGUUAAGAACUUAUGGCGUGGAGGCAGCACGCGCGACAAUCAUUAAAGAAAUUUCGAAUGUGUUUGGUGCAUACGGGAUAAACGUAGAUCUUCGGCAUUUGACUUUAAUUGCGGAUUAUAUGACUUUCGAAGGAAAUUAUAAGCCAUUUAGUCGCUACGGAAUCGAUUCAAACACAUCCCCGUUCCUCAAAAUGAGUUACGAGACCACGUGUAAUUUCCUAACACAAGCUACCCUGUUUGGCGAAUUUGAUCCGCUUUGUUCGCCGUCUUCGAGAUUGGUCGCUGGAAAAGUGGUCGAGUCUGGUACAGGCGCGUUUAGUAUAUUACAACCGAUCAGUGCCAAUUUCUAG